UUCUUUAAUGAAUGUGAUGCGGUUUAUGAGGAAUACCUGCAGCAUUUUGAAACACUUUGUUCUGCCGGUAAAUUAGUGUUAAACCGAGAGAUGGCGACAAUGCACAGCUUUCACCGCAGAUUAAAACCCGUGAAGAAGAGAGAUAACAUCUGUGCCCCGAACUUUUCUCUACAUCGUCUCACUUCGAGGGCUCUGUGCUGUAUUUCUUCUGCUCUGUUUCUGCACCAUGUCUUCCGCAGACCUGGGCCGGGCCCUUUGCAUCAUCACCGGGGCCUCCAGAGGCUUCGGCCGGACUGUGGCCCUGCAGAUGUCCCGGUCCGUGAAGCCGGGCUCUGCGCUCGUGCUGGCGGCCCGCUCCGGUGACGAGCUGCGGGCUCUGCAGGUGGAGCUGUCCGGGUCAGAGGCAGGCAGAGCCGGACUGAAGACUGUGUGUGUGGUGGCGGAUCUGAGCCAGAAGGAAGGCCUGGAGAGCGUCGUGAAGGCAGCUGCAGAGGCUUUUUCUGAGGACAUGGAGCACAUAAUACUGAUCAACAACGCAGCCUCUCUCGGUGACGUGUCCCGCUUUGCCAAGGACUUCACCAACAUGGCCGACGUUGACUCGUACCUGUCUUUCAACGUCAGCUCCUUCCUCUGCCUCACCGCCAGCAUCCUGCAGCGUUUCCCACAGCGCCCGGGUCUGAAGAGGACGGUGGUGAACGUGUCCUCGCUGUGCGCCCUGCAGCCGUUCUCCUCCUGGGUGCUGUACUGCAGCGGGAAGGCCGCCCGACAUAUGAUGUUCAGGGUGCUGGCUCAGGAGGAGCCGGACCUCAGGGUGCUCAACUACUCUCCAGGUCCUCUGGACACGGCCAUGCAGCAGGCGGCUCGCUCCAGCACGGGCGACUCCGAUCUCAAGAAGGCUUUCUCCGACAUGUUCUCCGAGGGGAAGCUGCUCACCUGUGAGGAGUCCUGCACGAAGAUGAUGAAGCUGCUGCUGGAGGACAAAUACACGUCAGGAGAUCAGAUCGACGUCUACGACCUGUAGGACGCUUCAGGCGAUAAAUGUGUGUGUGCCUUUUUUUUUUUAAAUUCAGACUCUGUUCAGGAAACCGUUAACGCUCAGUGUUAGAAGUCGUAAUCAGCCUCAGUUAUUGUGAAGACGUUUUGGGUCCGUUAAUCUUUGACUGGUCAUUUCAAUCUGUGGUGAAGUCUAAAGGUCGUAAACGUAAUGUGCCUUACUUUAAUUCAGGUCAAAAUCUCAACGUUUGAGGACAGAGUUUUUAAUUCUACAUGUCGUGUUAGACACAGAGACUGCCCUCUACAGGUUAGACCUGCUUACUACAAUUUAAUUUCUCUGAUCUGGAGGCAGGUGACUCCAGAUCAGAGACAUAGUCAGAGUGACUAUGCGUUGCCAGCUUUCGUCACCAAACCCGAUAAACACGACGUCACCUGACUCACAAACUAUGGAGGAGUGAAGUGGAUUGAUUCUAACUGAUGUCUAAGUAGCUUGAUGUGAAAUAUGGCGCCCGUAAAGUGCGAAGACAAGACUAUUUGUAACCAACUUCAAACCACAUUUAUGUCGUAAAAGUGUCACUGCUGCUUCAUGAGUCAUCGCUAAUGGAUAAAUUACCUCGCUAAACAUACUAAUAGGUAUAGACUGUAAGAUGUAAGCACUUCAGCCAAAACUCUAUGUUUAGUUACCCUUUAAGAUAUCUGUUGUUUAUCAGUAAAUGUGCCGUUUAUAGAUUAUAGAGUCAUCACUUUUUAAUUCUACUUUAACGAUGAACUCAGGCAUUUUGAUUUGUGAAAAUAAAAUGAAUGGAGAUUCCUCCGUUUUUAAUUUUCCAAUCACAAAUAUAGUUUACACAUUCCUAAUUAUAUGACGAUAUAUGUUUCUUCCACUGUGAUUAAAAAUGAAUGCUUUAUAAAGAUGAAUACCUCAGAUGUGUUUGUAACUCUGCACAUGAUGAUGCAACUGAAAUGAUGUAUUUAAAUUUUCUUUUUCUUUUUUUAAUCUUUCCAUUGAAGCUGACGGUUGAAGUCGGCCGCUCUCAUGAAAAUAAUGAUUUAUAACUUUGUUGUACCUUAAACUUAUUCCAUUUCUAAAAUGUUUCUUGCGAAUCAGGAAUAAUUCAUAAUAAAAUUUUAAUUCUAAACUCUGA